AUGGCAAAAAAAGUAGUAGAAAGCAGCGACGAGUCCGAUGGCGGCCAUUCAAGUGGUUCAGGAUCUAUAAGCUCUUGUUCUGGUUUUGGAUCAGGUACUGGUUCCGAUUCAGGUAGUGGUAGUGGUUCUGAUUCAGGUAGUGGUUCUGGAUCUGGUAGUGGGUCUGAAUCAGGAUCUGAUUCAAGGUCCGGAUCAGGUUCUGGCAGUGGAUCCGGGUCUGGAUCUGAGUCAGGUUCGGAUAUAUCAGGAUCGGAGUCAUCGGGAUCAAAGAAGAAGGUGAAAAAGCGACGUGUUGUGCCAGUGAAGAAGCCAAAGACGUUUGUACCUAAGGACAAGAGAAAAGGAAAUAAAAACAAGAAGAAACAAGUUCAGAAUCAGAUUAAGGCGGAGACUGAUGCAGAUGCUGAUGAUGAAAGAGAUGCAGGUGCAAAACGACGUCGUAGUAAACUUCGGAUUAAAGAAGAAGAAGAAGACGAUGAUGAUGAUGAUGACGUUGAUGUUGCUGGACUUACGGAGGUGGAGAAAGAGAAACGAUUAUUGGAAAAAUAUGAAGCAAAGGAACAACGAAAUAAGGAACGAGAGCUGAAGAAAAGAUUUGCUGCAUCUCAGGGAAAAGCUGAAGACGGAUUUUCACAAGAAGAAGAAGAAGGACAGGAGGAGGAAUUACCAUCAACAAGACGAGGUGGACGCAGUCGAGAAAGUGAUCGACGGAAAGAAGCGUUACAUAAUCUCAAGGUCAAUAAAUCCAGUGAUAAAAGUCGCUCUAUAUUAAGCAACAGAUUUGGAGAUGACGAUAGUUCCAAUGAUGAAGGAAGUAGUAGGAAUGGACGAGAUUUGGCAGAAAAGAGACGACGUCGAAGAGAUUUGCAACGUGGAAGCACUGGUCGACGUCGAAGUCAUGCCGAUGAUGAUGAUGAUUAUAGCAAUGAAGAUCGCAACCGACGCAAGUCAAAAAAGUCAAAAGAAGCGGACAUGGCUAAAACAGCAGAUGAGGAAGAGCUUGCGGCAGCAAUUUGCCCGGAGGAAAAUGUGCCUAUGAACUGGAACCAAGCGAACCACUAUUUACUGAAGAGAAGAACGUUUUUUGAAAAGAAUUUCUUUGAGCCGUUCUUCCCGCAACUUGUGCGAGGCGUUUACGUCCGCGUUCCAAUCGAGAUGGUGGAUGGUGGAAUGGUUUAUCGCUUUUGUGAAGUGGUGAACGUUUGCAAGCUGGCGCGUAGUUACAAUUUCUGUGGCGAGUCGACGCAUACCGGCAUAAUUUGUGCGUUUGGUAAGAGCAGACGGGAGUGGAAGCUCAACGGUGUCUCAGGGCAUUCAUUACGCGAGCGUGAGUUCUUGCUAUGGCGAGCAGCCAUUAACAAAGACCGACUUCACUUUCCCACACAUGGCGAGGCAAAGCGCUUGUAUUCGAAGAAGCAGAAAAUGAUCACUCAGCAUAACUAUACAGAAUCCCAGGUGGACGAGAUGGUUCGGCGGAAACAGGCAGUGGGCUUGUCAACUGUGUCCCUUGGUGUUCAGCGAGUACGUCUGGAACGCGAUCUCCGCGCUGCCCAGGACAUGAAGAACUUUGAGAAAGCUAUGAUGCUCGAGGAACGACUGCAGAGGUUGUUAGCUCAGAACGAGGAGCGUAAGAAGCACAACUCGGACGACGUCCUUCGCAUUAAUGAGAUCAAUCGUCGCAAUCGUGAAGCCAACAUUCAGCAGGAUCUACAUGCUCAGGAACUUAAUGACGCCAUGAACCAGAAAAUGACUAGUGCUGAGCGUUUGCAGUUUGUUCGUGCAAAUCAAAUGACCAUGUAUAUGUCUAGAGACAAACUGGAUAAAAAUUUGGCGGAGGGUAAGCUAAUAAAGCUCAGCGACGGUCGAGUAAUGACCUCAAAUAAACUGCAUGCGGUUGAAGCUCUGCCUGACGAUCUGUUAGACAAGGUUAAGGGUGUUGGCGAGAGGAAGCAGGUUGGAGAAAACAUGGAGAUUGACAUUGAUCGCCUGUUAGCGAAACAGCAAGAGCGCAAGCAGAAGGAUGUUGAGCGUUUGGAGGCCAAACGCAAGGAGCGUGCGGGCCAGGUUGAGUUUGUGGGCGUCGCUCCCACGAAUGUUCAGGAAAUGGUGAAUGCAACUGUUCGUCUGAAGGACGAUGAUGGGUCGUGGAUGACGCUGCGUUCACCCGCUGAGAUUAUGAAAGAGAAGCAGAACAAGAGUGUCGUUUCGGACAAGGUCAAGGCCUCACGCAAGGGCAUCACUGUGAAGGAGUACUUUGACCGUGUUAAAAAACGUCGCGUUGCUCAAUAA